AUGCCUGGUUCAUCUAUUCGCCUUGGUCUUAUUGUAAUAUUGACUUUGUCAACGUUUUACAUUAUUGGCACAAAAGGCGACUCAUUGUCUGACUUGGAAUCGACUAUCAUUACUCAUGGUGGGCAAGUACUGCGCGUAACCGAUCCACAAUACAAAAAGGCAGCUGGUCUUUGGAAUCCAGCCAUACAGAUCUGGCCUAGCCUCAUAUUACGACCAGCAAUCUAUGACGAUGUCGCAUUAGCGCUUUCAACACUCUAUUCUCUUAAUGCGCCUGUUAGAAUUAUGGGCGGUCGUCAUAGUUAUGGUGCUUAUUGCAGUCACGAAGGCGUCGUCCUUGAUUCUGCACUUUUGAAAAAUAUAAUAAUUAACUGGCAAGAUCAAACUGUAACGAUGCAGGCUGGCGUGAUAUGGAGUGAAGUCUAUACGGCUUUGGAGGGAUCAGAAUAUGUAGUGAUUGGCGGAUUGUGUCCCACUGUAGGAGUCGUGGGUUAUACAAUGGGAGGCGGUUACAAUUCUAUGUAUACUCGCUCGUUCGGAUUGGCAUCAGACAAUGUUCUUAGUUUCACUGUAGCACUGUACAAUGGAAGCAUUACGACAGCAUCAUCGACCAUCAAUCCCGAUCUAUACUGGGCACUUCGGGGUGGUGGCGGAGGCAAUUUCGGCUACGUUUUGGAAAUGACGCACAAAAUUCAUCAGAUCAACGCAACGAAACUACCAUUUGGUCAGCUUUUGUUCUUUAACGUUACUUGGGUCAACCAUGGAGACUUCACAGCAGUUCUUCGCAACUGGUUGACAUUCUUGAAAGAAGUUGCUGAUGUCGACACGCGCAUCUCUUUCGAUGUCAUCGUGAUCGUUGCACCCGAAAAUAGCAUUGUCAUGAUGUAUGGUUCAUUCAACGGACCACAAGCAGACUUUAAUCCAGUGUUUGAUCCGUGGCUAUCGAAAAAUCCAAAGCCAGACUUUUUCAACAUGCAAAACUAUACACUCACCGAUAUAAUUAGAGUAGUGGGCGUCCCCAACAAUCCUUUCCCGACGGAACAACGGCAGCAUAUCGUAUCGGCUAUGGCAAUCAAUAUCACAGAUGCUAUGCUGGACGUUAUUCUCGAGCCUCAGCCUAACUCCACUUCAGGAGUCUUUCAAGUGAUGGAUAUUAUCUAUCUUCACAAUUCGAAUAAGGAUAAAAACACAGCAUGGCCUUUUUCGGAUAUUUCGUUUGACAUUGCACCUGGUUUCGUUUGGUCAAAGGCGGAGGAUGAUCCUUUGGCAAUCGACGUUUCUGAGCGCUGGCUGCAGAGACUGCGCAACGCAGCAGCACCUACACAAAGCAUUGUGGGAGCAUAUCUGAAUUAUAUUGAUCCAUACUUACCAGAUUGGCAAACAAUGUAUUAUCGUAACCAUUGGGAACGACUCCGUGAGAUCAACACUAAAUGGGAUCCAACAUGGUACUUUCGAUUUCCACAGGGCAUUCCACCAAAUAAUCAACGUUCAAAUAUGAAAACUUUAAAAAAUAUGAAAAUGAUAUGA